UAUGGCGGUAUACAAUGUGUUUACUCAAAACGUAGUGUGUACGUAUAGGGCUACUGUUUGUUCUAAAGCUACUGUUUUUGUGUUAUUUAUUACGGGAACUACAGUAAUAAUACCCUUAAUUAUAGCGUACCGAAGUUACGGAUUCUGGAUCAAGGCAGAUACUUACAGGGAGCAACCAGAUGUGCAUUUUAAGCACAAGUUUAUCGCAGUUGCAGAGUCAAAUCAGUUGGACAAACCAAUUAUCUGCAGCAACUUCUGGAAUCUGAAUAGUAUUCUGAGUGACUACAGCCACUGUUCAGUCGUCAAGACAAGAGAAGAAGACAGAGAUAUUGAUGGAAAAAAUGAAUUACUGUUUUUUGAAAUGGAGCUUCUCUUACACAGAACUGAAGCAGUUUUCUCACUGAUACUCUUUCUAGUUUUUGAUUAUAAGCUCUAUAAGUACAGUGCAUUUCAAAUGGAGUCACUUGCCAUCAUUCAGCAUUCAUCUAGUCUGCCAGGUGCAAGAUUUGACAUAGUAGGUGACCUGAAACUAGUUCAAAAACAACCACUUUUUCAUGAUGGAAGAGACGUGAGCUUUAAUUAUUCAUGCAUAGAUGAAGAAAGCACUGAUCCGCAAGUUUUUAAUUUGCAGAAAAUUAUAAAAGAAUAUGUUGGCAGGAAUGUUUCUACUGCAGUAACAAAUGCAUAUCCACUGUGGACUAUCGGAAGAGCCGCUGGUGCCCCAUUUGUUAUAUCAGCCACAAUUUACUAUCCAGAAGAUACUAUUCUGUAUAAGCCUGGUUUCUGGCAAGUUGUCAAGUGGGCAUGGGUGCAGUAUUUAUCAGUGCUGGUGGUAAUAAUGUAUAUUACCAACAAAAUAAAAGGCUAUGUAUUCGGGAACUACCUCAUUUCCAGCUUCAGAAUUGUACCUUGGAAAAAAAAUGUAUGAGUGCUAUUUCACAUGUUGACUCAAAGUAUAUUUACAUCUGUGAUAUUUCUGUGGUUAAUAAUGCCACUUGUAAUUUUGUAUGAACACUUUUUUACCUUUUUAUGUAAUAAAAUAGAUGUAUAGAAA